GAGGAGUUUUGCUGCACCGACUGAUCAGAUUUAUACAUCAAAGUACCGCGAGCGCGAUUAGCUUAUUCGAAUUUAUGCGCUGAUUUAGCAGAGCUCGCGAUAUUUUGAUGUCAUAGUCAAUCGGUCUGCGCAGGGCCGUCUGAAGUUGAACACAACUGAAAAAUGUAGCUGUUAUUUGAUCUUCCGUUACUAUAGAAACAAAGUUGACAACAAGUUUCAGGCUCGUUAGGUUGCGACUGCUAACUUACUCUGAAAAUGUCUGUAGUUAAAGGUUCUUGUCGCUAUGUUUGUAUAGUUUGUUUAUUGAAGUAACACGCUGAAAAGAACACUGAAGUGUGGAUGUUUUAUGUACGAUUGGAAGACAACUAUGUCUCACAGCACAUACAAUAGACUCUGGUCAGAAGCUCACAAAGAGCUCAACUGUUUGCUUGCUCAAGAACUUCCUAAAGAACCUCACCGCCCUGAGAAAGACAGAGUGGUGUUCUUUCAAAGGCUUGUCACCCUCUACGUCCAUUACAUUCAGAUUUUUAGGCAACUAGAAGAGGCCUAUGACCAAAUCAUUCACCCUCAGAAGAGGCGUGUCAUUAGACCAGUGCUGGAAGGUGUGAUGGGACGAAUUCUGGAGCUCAAAAAUGAAAUGGUGGAAAAGGAAUUUUCAGAGUACCACUAUAUGGAUGACAUCGUUCAAGAUCUAAAAUUAACCCCUGAGGACCUUGAGAUUCCAAUCCCCAGGUAUUUCAUCCGAGAGCGGAGCAAAGUACUGCAGGAAAGAGAUGCAAUGUUUGCUACUGUUUUAAAUCAAAUGAAGCCCAUGGACAAGCCAGAACCUCCUGUAGUGCGUAUGAUGACCCUGGAGAGAGCAGUUAAAAUCAUUCAGGUGUCUGAAAGAGCACGACAAGGUCGACUGAGGGCAAAGUUCAUGAGAGAGAUCAAUAAAAGUUCUGAGAGACAGAAGAAAGAACAUGAAGAAAUGACCACCAACCAGGCUGCAGUUACUAUUCAGAAGGUCCCAUAUGCCGUUACUGUAUGGAGAGGCUAUGCGCAAAGAAAAAAGACCAAAAAGCUUUGGGAAGAGGAAAUGAUAUUUCUUGGAAUGGCCAUGGAUCCAAAACUGUCCUAUCCAUCCCCAAUGACACUGACUGUCCAGAACAAUGAGGCCAACCGACGGAUCAGACAAGAAGAUCAUGAAGAAGACUAUCAGAAGUCCAUUGGCUCUGUUAUUUAUCAGCUGAGGGAAGUGGAGGGCCCAGAAAUAAAAGAGGCUAUGAAAAAUCAGAUUCGACAGUGGUUCUUGGAGUGUCGUGAUGCCACAGGUUCAUUUCCUGAUUACCCAGAAGAGGAGGAUGGAGGUUCAGCUAUUCUGUUUGCUGAUAAAACACCUGAGCAGUUGGCAGAAGAGCUGGCUGCUAAGGAAGAGGAAGAUGCCAACAAAAAGCAGAAGGGAAAGGAGGAGGUAAAGGAAAAAGGAAAGAAAAACAAAGGAAAAGUCCAAGAUGAGGAGGAAGAGCCUGGACUGAAGAUGCUACCAUCCGCUUAUUUGGAAGAUCUUGAGAGGGGACACAAAACAUUUGCUGCGGUUUGGCAAAACAGAAACGAGACGAAGAAUUACGGUCAAAGACAUGAGACAGAGCUGAUAAAAGAAGAGAAGAGAAAAGAGAUUGAGGUGGAAAUAAGAAAACAGGUGGAUGAACUGAUGAGACAGGAACUGGCUAAUUGGAAACUGGCUGUGGAUAAAGAAAAGAUUGGAAAGUCCAAAGGGGCUGCAAAAAAAAAGAAGGCUUCAAAAAAUGGAAAGAGGAAGAAAAAGGACAAAGAUCUUACAGUGGAUAGGACUAUAGAAUCACUAUUUAAGGAGCUGGUUGAACAGGAAUUGCUGAAAAAGCCAAACAGUGUUAAACUACAAGAUUAUCUAGGGGACUAUAGUUAUCUUGGCACAACUUUACGACAAUCUGAUAUUGAACCUAUGCCAUCUUUAUCUGAUGUUCGGCAAGUUGUAGCCCUGUAUGCUGUCUUACCAUUAGGUUCCCAAACAGUUCAUGAGAAAGUUCCCCUAGUGAAGUCGAUGCUGCUAGCGGGGCCAUCAGGAGUGGGCAAGAAAAUGUUGGUCCAUGCCAUCUGCCAGGAGACUGGAGCCAACCUGUUUGACCUUUCACCUUUAAAUGUGGCUGGGAAAUACCCUGGUAAAAGUGGACUCCAGAUGAUGCUACAUAUGGUGUUUAAGGUAGCCAGAUUGAUGCAACCCUCUGUUAUAUGGAUUGGAGAUGCUGAAAAGAUGUUUUACAAAAAAGUACCAAAAGAUGAAAAGGAGUUAGAUCCAAAGCGUCUGAAGAAAGAUUUGCCCAAGAUUCUCAAGUCCAUCAGAGGAGAAGAUUGUGUUCUGGUAGUGGGAACAACAAAUGAUCCACACAGUGCAGACCUAAAGUCCUUAUGCAAAUUCUACAAUAAGAUCAUCCUCAUACCUAGACCAGACUAUGCAUCACGAUAUGUAAUGUGGAAAGAGCUGAUAAAAAAGAAUGGAGGAGAACCGACCAACAAUCUGGAUCUGAGUUCUCUGGCGAAGAUCUCUGAUGGCUACACGCCGGGUCACAUGGUGCAGGUGGUUAAUAGCGUCCUGACCGAACGCCGCAUUCAGCAACUUGCAAAACGACCACUAACCGCUGCAGAGUUUGUGACUCCGCUUGCAAGAAUCGACCCAGUGUUUCAGGAAGAAGAAGCAGCUCUUAAAGUAAACAAAUAUAAAUGUUUAACUGGUACGCUAAGACGCCCCUUGGCAAGAAGAGGGUUAAGGCUGCCCUUGGUAAAGAUGGUGAUGAAGACGUACCAAAAAAAGAUGGGAAAGGUGGCAAGAAGAAAGGAAAAAAAUAACAAUCUAAUUGUUAAUGUGACCAAGCAGUAUUUCAAUUCCCUGCCUUUGGUAAUAAACAUUUAAAGGGCCGCUAACAUAGGUGUUUUCAGCAAUAUAGAAAAUAAUCUUUGGUAUCCCCAGAAUGUGUCUGUAAGAUUCAGCUCAAAAUACACCACAGAUCUUAAAUUAUACGAUGUUGAACAUGGCCAUUUGUGGCUGCAAUGAAAAACGUGCUGUUUUUGUGUGUGUUUCUUUAAAUGCAAAGAAAGCUUCUGUUCCCCUCCCCAUAUGCAAAGUAGGGGUAGAGCGCUUAUGUGCUUUGGACUACGUUAAAACAUGUGUCUCUGGCAGAAGGUUGAACUACGCGGUCAUAAGGCGGAGUCUGUGAUGGUUGGGGCGUAAUCAAUGUGACAUCAUUGUUAGGUGAUCCCCAACAGCCUGUUUUGUGUGACUGUUGUGGUUUAAAGGAGAUAACACAAAGAAGAAAAGAUGGAUUUGUAUAAUAACAGGAUGUUUCUGUACACACACUGGCGACUCAUUUUCUGCAUUUUUAGGUUAGGGGGCUUUAAGCUUGCUUGUGUCCUUGUAAUUUGUUUAACUGGGGGGUGAAAAUGUGAUGUACAACUCUGGCAUUUGUUGGUCUAGAAGCCUAAUCUUUGUCUUGUUUUAAAGAAGACACUUAAGGUGAAAAUAUUCAAUAAAAAAUUGUUAUAGCAGUUUAAAAUUAUUUUAAUAAAUAAAAAUAAUGCAAUAA